UCCUUCUGGUCUCGAGCUCCGAACGAAAUUUAGAGGGUUUACAAAAUAUGGAGAGCUGUUUACUUUUAGAAAUGAAAGAAGAGUUAAUUCCGAGUUGUUGCAGCAACGACAUUGAAUUGUGUAGCUAUUGCGUAACUAUGAUUUAAACCAUACAAAAAGCGUAAUGAACGUUUACCGCAUGAAGUGGCAUAUUUAGUAAAUUAGCCUGUUAGCUCACGUUAGCUGUUUGUUUGGUAACGACAUGGCUGCUGAACGGUACAGAUACCGGCACACUGCGGCGGGGAGCCUGCAGGAUGCCGACUCGGACCCUGAGGAGCCUCAGUUAGUUUACAUAAAGUCGGACGGACGGGAAGCCCAGAUCAUCCACAGCGGACACUUCAUGGUGUCUGCGCCUCACAUCGAGCACCCGCCGAAGAAAGGAUACGACUUCGACACCGUCAACAGACAGACGUGCCAGACGUAUCACUUCGGGAAGACCAGCACCUCGCACAUCUCUAUUGAUGCUUCGCUGACCAAACUGUUCGAGUGCAUGACCGUGGCAUACAGUGGAAAGUUGGUGUCACCAAAGUGGAAAAACUUCAAAGGUCUGAAACUGCUUUGGAGGGACAAGAUUCGUUUAAACAAUGCAAUAUGGAGAGCCUGGUAUAUGCAAUAUGUGGAGAAAAGGGAAAAUCCGGUGUGUCAUUUCGUCACUCCGCUGGAUGGGAACGUGGAAUCUGAGGUCCAUCGUCCAUCAAUGGCAAUUGCCACAGAGGGAAAUUACUGGAAAAGAAGAAUAGAAAUCGUGAUAAGGGAGUAUCACAAGUGGAGAACAUACUUUAAGAAGAGGUUACAGAAGCACAAGGAUGAUGAUCUAUCCAGCCUGCUACAGGGGCCGGAGGAGCAGUUCUCCCUGUUUGGAGAAGUGUUUCCAGACACACUCCGUGUCUCCUUUUGUCAGGACGAGGAGAGUGCUACGCGGCGCGUAGCCCGCAAGGUCCACGACUCCCCCAUCCCCAUGGAGAUGGACCAGCUGUUCGACAUGGACGUCCUGAUGUCUGAGUUCUCAGACACCCUGUUCUCCACACUGGCCUCCCACCAGCCCGUAGCCUGUCCCAACGAGCGGGAUAUCGCUCAUGCGGUGAACGCAGACAUGAUUCAGCCUGGACUCAUAACCUUGCAGCCAAACCUGGACUUCAUGGAUUCUUUUGAGCCACUGCAAGACUUGUUCCACAGCCUGCGUCAGCCCUUCCUCCCCACUGUCUCCCCUACUGCACCGUCUCUUUCCCCUCUACCCAGCAGCAGCUCACAGUUAAUGUCCUCCAUGCAGCUCUCUGCGGAGGGCAUCUCUGGCCAAGCCCCCGGGCCUUUGGGUCCUCACUCCACAGCCAGUCAGAGCUCCGGGACGGAUGCCCACGGCUGUGCAUACGUACAGGGCUACAUGCCUCUGUUCCCCCAACGGAGUACCUCGGCUUCUCAGCCAGGAGGCCCUCAGCCUGUAGCCCACGGACCACACACACACUGCCUGCCAGAUGACCAUGGAUCUUUGUCUAGGAUCACACACACCACCGCCGCCUCCUCCACCUCCGCAGUGCCCAGCGAUGUGUCCUCCACCUACAACCAGGGUUUGGAGUACAGCUCCGCCCCCACGCAGAAGGCCCAAACGCUACUGGUGUCCCAGCUCCUGCCACUGGCUCCCUGUCCGGCCAACAAGCAUCAGACCUUCGCCCUGCCCCGACCCAUCCACAACUCCGGGGGAAAUAAAGCUAAAGGCCGCCACAUGCAGAGAAUUGUUCCAGCCAACAACUUACCUUCCUCUCAUCUGGUGCUCACAGGUCCGUUUUCUACUGGACCAAAUGCUCUGAUUGUAACACCAGCACCGUUGAAGGCCGAAGUCGUUCCCAGUGCAGGAAUGGUCAUUACAUCUUCCAGUCUGGCCCCUGCGUUUCACAUCGUGCCACAGACGCACAAGAGUCCCCAGGCCAUUGUCCCUAAAGAAGAGACUUACUCCUCCAGCUGCAAGGGGCAGAAAACUUCCAGUCAAGGCUCACCAUGUGGUCCAGAUGGUUUGCACUCGCCCCUUGGCAGUUCAGAAUUUUUAAAGAACGAUCCAAACCAGAUGAAUCUCUGUCUUGGGUCAUCCAGCCGGAGAGUGCCCCACAUCUCUGCCGAGCAGAAGAGACGCUUCAACAUCAACAUCGGCUUUAAAACCCUCUGCAACCUGGUGCCCACCCUCAAGGCUCAGUCCAACAUCACCAAUGCCACCACGCUGCAGAAGACGGUGGAGCACCUGGGCAAGCUGCAGCAGGACAGGCAGCAGCUGCAGGAGGAGGCGCGCCGGCUGAGGGAGGAAGUGGAGGAGCUCAACGGCUCCAUAAGUCGUUGUCAGGAGCAACUUCCUGGUACGGGGGUCUCCAUGACAAGGAGUCGAUUCAACCACGUGCAUGAGUUUGAAGCCUACGUGAAGAGCCGCACACUGCAGAACUGGAAGUUCUGGAUCUUCAGCAUCAUCAUCAAGCCUCUGUUCGAGUCCUUCAACAACACUGUGUCCACGGCAUGCGAGGCAGAGCUAUGUCAGACCACCUUAGAGUGGCUGGACCACCAUUGCUCCCUCCCUGUGCUCAGAGCCAUGGUUUGCAGCACCCUUCGACAACUAGGGACAAAGACUUCCAUCCUCACUGAGCCGUCGCUGCUGCACAAAGAAGUCUUCCAGGCCAUCGGAAGUGCCCAGAGGCCUUGCGGGGACUCAUAGCCAGGCUAUUGACUGCUCCAUGGGCCUCGUGGGGACACAAAGCCAGGCUAUCGACUGCUUUAUGGGCCUUAUAGGGACUCGUAGCCAGGCUAUCAACUGCUCCAUGGGCCUUGUGGGGACUCAUAGCCAAGCCAGGAUGCCAACUACUCAAAGUGUUCUUAAAGGGCCUCAUUGCCUGGCUACAGUCCAAUGCUAGACCAAGCUUGGAUCAACACUGUGAAAUCCAGUAAGCAUGGCUCGCCGGGUGGGUCAACCAGGUUUUCCUAAUGGGCUGUGAAGAGUUGUCAUUGUUAUAGUCAUCCUCAUAGCUGUUUGGGUGUCUGUCACAAUUUGUUCACAUAUUGCCACAAAAGAAAAUACUGUUUCUUAGAGGUGUGUAUUUUUGGAAUAACACCAAAAACUUUACAUGGACACUGGUAUAAGUGUGUUUUGCUUCAAGAACGACGAUAAGUGUAUUUUUAUGUAUUUCAGUUUAAAGGGAAAAUGGAUUGAAUGCUUUAGUUUCUCAGGGUUUAUUCAGCUUAUACCAACCAGCUGCUGGGGGUUUUAAUGCUGAAGUACUCAUGUUUUCUACUACCAAUGGUCUGCUCCACUUUUGUAUGACAUAUUGGCAUGCAAUACGUUUCUUAAAAAAAUAACUACUUAUCCAUACAGUUGACCACAUAAUAAGCAGCCUGAGUAAAAACAAUUUUCCAUUAACCAUAAACUGCAGUACCAAUAUGGACGUGCACACAGGUAUUUCUGUGUUACAGGAGAGGUCACUCCAACUUCACUAAUUUUCUCAGGGCUGGGCUGUUGGACUUUAUUAUGCUUUGGUGGAAACCAAAUGAACAAAAUAAAUCAGGAAUCUUUCAAUGGAAAUCUAUUGGCUGUAAGGUUUUGAUAUUGCAUCUUUUACUUCAGUCCACUGGGUAGGCUGGUAGACUGAUCUAUCCAGCACCGAUCUUGGUGGACACGCCCACUAGUGAUGUCAUAUGGGGCAGAUUUUCGAAACGGCUUGCCUGGCUAUUCACACUCACACCUGGUGGUAUAAUAGGUCCCCUUUAAUCAGAUGUUUUAUUUUGAAAAUACCUAAAGAAAAUAUUUUUUAAUAUUCAAAAUUACGAACUCAGGCAGUCGAGUGCCUUGUUGUGUUUUAUGUAUUUAUUUCUUGAAUUCAAAAAUUGUAUUAUGAGUGACCAACAGUGUAGCAAAAAGCAAUGCAGCGAGGGAUUAUUGGUGGGAUUAAUGUUCUGGUCUGUAAAGGAUGAUGGCGGUCACCAUUUCAAAGUGGCUGUUGUUAAAAAUAUUAUAAUGGACUUUUUAAUGACUCAGUUCGUCUGUAGUUUUUUUGCAGAGAUUAUCCUUUUUAAGAAUUCAGGUACAGAUAAUAUUUUUUCAUCAUCAGUGGGGGUUAUAUUUCUACUGUGGACAACCAAAAAAGUGUAGACAGGAAUAAUUACUUUUGCAGUAUUUCAUUAGCUUUACGUUUUUAGCAUGGAGAAUAUUCUAAAUAAAUCAUUACCUGGUUGACCGUAGCAUAAGGUCCCUUGGGAAUCUACACAAAAGUUUGGCCUCUGUGUUGGCUUGCAUACUCUUAUUUUUUUUUAGAUUUUUGAUCAGUGUCAUUUAUAACAAGUAACUAUACUAUAUUAGAAAAUGUUUCCUGUUUUUUUUUAAUGAACAUUGGAUAUUCCACAGUACAUCAAAUGCAUACUUCUUUUGAAGGCAAUGUGCCUUAUGUGUCUGUGUUUGAGACGGUAAAGAUGUGUUGGAUGGUAUGACUUUUUGUGUUUGUCAAUUUCUAAUAAGUUCCAAGACCAAUCACAAGAUUGCUUUGACAUUUUAUUUCAUUUAGAAAAAUUGCAUUUACACACGACAAAACACAAAGCUAGUACAUUUAUACAUCUUCCAACACAUAUAUAGUAAAAGUAAAAAAAUAUAUAAAAAAUACUGUAUGAUUGAAUAAAUAUUUUUUGUUGAUCAAA